AUGAGAACCGUUAUUUUUCUAUAUUUCAUCGUCAUAUUUACUAUUAAUAAAGUUCUUUUGACUAGAGCUUGUAAUUCUGCAUAUUAUCCUCCCACAAAAUGUCUUGAUAAACUUGAUCAUUAUGAAUGUAUUUGCGGACAAGGUCAAUUGUGGAAUGGAUACACAUGCGUUGCGGAUGCUGUAGAUUCGAGACUUGUUUUUAAUGUUAGCCAUUUUCCAUCGUAUAUUGAACUUAAUAGUAAAACGUUUCCACGUAUUUCCGAAUUGACAAUAUCAUUAUGGAUUCGAAUCAAAUCAAAAAUUGAUUCAACUCAACAUACAAUACUUUUCUAUAAAACAGACGAUGCUCAGCCAGUUUUACUUGUAUCAUUAAUAGAUAAUGCUCGUUUACAUGUAGAACUAUUAGAUGAUAUUUAUGAUGUAUCAGUGCCACUAUCCAGGGAACAAUGGCAUCAUAUAGCAAUAGCACAUAAUCUUUCUCAAAGUGAAAAUAUAAAAAUACUGAUAAAUGGCACACGUGUUAUUCUAUUGACUACAUCAAGACAUUAUCGACAUCAAACACGAAAUCAACAAAGAAUAAUUGAUAGUGGUGGUGAUUUAUUUGUCGGUCAAACAAUACGUACAACAAAUCUCACGAGUAAUAGUAUGACUGGAGAUUUAGAAUUCGAUAAUCAACGAACUUUUUAUGGAGAAAUUACACUUCUUAAUAUCUGGCAAAAAAUUUUACCCGAUCAUGAUUUAUAUCUAUUAGCAAAUGAUUGUCAUGCUCAACGACGACUAUGUGGAGAUGCAGUGACUUGGAUGGAUUUUGUCAAUGAUAUUAAAGGUGAAGUUAAAAUACAUUGGCCAUCAGGAAUUUAUUCAAUUUUCGAGAAUUGUCCUAAUCAACAGUGGCUUCAUGAAGCAUGUGGUAAUUACUGUCGAGAACUUGAUGGGCCUCAUUGUAAAAAUGAAAGUCAAUUAAGUAUUAUUUGGCAGAAAGCUACAGCUGGUCAAACAAUUGUUCAACAUUGUCCAGGACAUAUAAAAAAUGGUAGCGUUUAUCGAACAUGUCAACGUAUUGAACAAAUCGCUCGGUGGACAUAUGUUGAUUACAGUGAGUGUACUCAUCCAUUAAUUAAUGCAAUCGAUCAAGAACUAGAAAUAACUAACAUUGAUAAAGAAGAGAUCCUUGUGCUUCGUGAUAAAUGUGCAUUUCUAGCUGAAACAACAUCGAUGAAUUUAACUACAACACAAUUAUAUAGCUCAAUUGAUCUUAUUUUACUUAUUGAACAAAUUGAACGAUUAACUAACGUUCUAACAAGUCAUUUUGAUAGUUUAACUCAAUGGUAUUCAUCAUCCGACGAAUCAUUGUAUUUAGGUGAUGUGAAUGCUACGCUUCAAGUUCAUCGAUAUUUAGUUGAAUCUAUGUCAAAUUUAAUUGAUGAUAGAUAUGCAUCUCUAUGGAUUAGUACGAAUCCAUUAGGCAAUGAUUUUGUUCGUUUGUUAUCUUCCCUGAAACGUUUAACAACAAUUCUUGCACAAGUAUUAAAUAAUAAUUGUGACCGAUUUCCUGGUUGUUCAUUCAGUGUAACUACAAAAAAUAUAAAUCAAACAAUUAAUGUUUUAAAUCGUCAAGAAUUACAUUCAUUUGAUUAUGAAAAUGAAAAUACACAAGUCAAAUUCACUUCUAGUCAUACUAAGAAAAAUCAAAAUCAAAAUAAUAGAACAACAUUGAUAAAUGACGAUAGCAAUAACAGUUCUGCAUGGUAUUCAGUAUCUAUCACAAGUAUAAGUACAGCUCAUAUUUAUGUACCAAAUCUUCGAUUAGGACGUAUUUCUAAAUAUGAUAACAUCAAUAGUCAUAUUGUAUCUGUUGAUAUUAAACAUCGUAAACCAAUUCAACAAUCAAAUUUGUUUUCAACACUCGUAGCAACUGACACAACAAUACCUGUUCUUAUAACAAUGAAAUAUCUAAAAUACGAUAAUAUCUCAGGUAAUCAAUGUGUUUACCUUGAUACAAAAAAUUCAUUUAUGCAAGGACAAUAUAAAGCAACACUUUUUCGUCAAUGGCAUUGGCAAAUUUCAUCAAAUGUAUGUGAUAUAACUCCAAGUUCUCUAGCUGAUAAAGCUACAUGUACAUGUCUAAUUUCCAAUGGAACAUUUGCUAUUACAAGUGAUCUGUUCGAUCCAAAUUGGCGUCCACUAGAAUUAAGAUUAUAUCCGUUAGAUUUAUUUUCUUAUAUUGGAUCAUUUAUCCAUAUAUUGUUUGCAGCAAUUACAUUACUUAUGUUGAAUUAUCUUAGAACUCAUUCAACAGCUGCCUAUAUUCAUAAACAUUAUUCAUUUGCUUUAUGUUGCUCACAGAUUAUUCUCAUCUUAGCGUUUAAUGGUAUUCCAUAUCAUCAUUUAUUUCUUUGUCGUGCAGUGGCAUGUACAACACAUUAUUUUAUACUUUCAUCUUAUUGUUGGCUAAUGAAUGAAGCAUUUAAUUUAUACAUUCAAAUAACCUAUACAACACAUCCAGCUGUUGCUGGUACAAGUACUGCACUUUCUGAUGCUGCUUCAAAAUAUCGUUUUCUUGGGAUGGGUUAUAUUUUACCAUUUUGUAUUGUAACAUUACUUGCAUCGAUAAAAAAAUCAACUUAUUUUUUGCCAGUCGAGAUGCGUUUAUGUUUUAUUGAUCUUGAUGAUUGGUUAAAAAUAUAUUUCAUUCCAAUAUCAGCGAUUAUAUUUAUAACAAUCAUGGUUAUGAUAUUUUCAGCGAAACAACAUCAUGAAAGUUCGUAUACGAAAAAUGAAAAAGCCAAUGAAGUUAUUGUAACAUAUACUGGUGGUAUUUGGUCACAGUUAUUUUUAAUAACAAUUAGUUGGUCAUUUGCUAUACUACCUUAUUUUUAUGAUGAAACUAUUCUUCGACUAUUGCAUGGCUUUUUCAGUAGUUUACAAGGUGGUUUUCUUUUUCUUUCCUUUUUCUUAUUUAAUGAUGAGAUUCGUCGACAUUAUCGUGAGCGUCGUCGUCAAUUACGUCGUAUUCAAUUGAUGGAAAUUCCUUAUCAUGGUUCAACACCUGGAUCUGAAGGACAACGUUCAUCACUGAUAAUCUCUUCAGGAUCGCCACCCACAGUAAGCAAUGCUGCAAAUUUAUUAGCACCAGAAUUACCAACAAAAAAACCUUCACUGGCAUCAGUUGUUUCCACUGUGUUAACUCGAAACCGACAACCUACUUCAGCUCGUAGUACUUAUGAAGAAAUGAAAUGGACAUUAAGACGAAGAUCUUCAGUUGAUGGAUCGAAAUCAAAAGAAACCCCUUCAAAUAAUAAUAAUAAUAAUAAUGAUAAUGAUGAUGAUGACGAUGACGAUGACGAUGAUGAUGAUGAUGAUGAUGAUGAUGAUGAUGAUGAUAAUGAUGCUACUAGUGAAGAUCAUAAUGAUUUUCGUGUUACUGUUGUUUAA